AUGACAAGAGACAUGUACGGAUUCGGUCAGAACUGGUAUUCGGAUCAGGAAAUUUAUGAAGGUGAAUGGUGUUCCGAUAAACGAUGGGGAUGGGGUCGAAUGUACUAUAUUGAUGGAAGUAUUUACGAAGCAAACAACAAUCGUUAUGAAGGAAAAUGGGCAAAUGACAAAAAGAACGGACGAGGAAAAUAUUUCUUUCUUGGAACCGGGCAACUGAUGGAAGGAGUUUGGGUGGAUGAUGUACCGAAAUGCUGUCAGAUGGUUGAUCUGGGUCGUGAAUUAGCUAUCGAAGGAACUGAGUUUGAAAUACCUGAGAUCAAACUGGAAGAUCCCAACGGAGUACUGCGAGAGACACAGGAACAAUUAUUGACCAAACUUCCGAACGAAUAG